GUUAAAAUGGGUUUACUGGUAGACUUGACCAACACCACUAGAUUCUAUGACAGGAAUGAUAUAGAGAAAGAGGGGAUUAAAUAUAUAAAGCUCCAGUGUAAAGGGCAUGGUGAGUGCCCUACACCUGAGAAUACAGAAGCAUUUAUCCGUGUAUGUGAACACUUCAGUGAUAAGAAUCCCUCAGAGCUUAUAGGUGUCCAUUGCACACAUGGUUUCAAUAGAACUGGAUUUCUGAUCUGUGCCUUUUUGGUCGAGAAGUUGGACUGGAGUAUUGAGGCUGCUGUGGCUACUUUUGCUCAGGCUAGACCACCAGGUAUUUAUAAAGGUGACUAUUUGAAGGAAUUAUUUCGUCGUUAUGGAGAUGAAGACGAUGCACCGUCACCACCUGAGCUACCAGAAUGGUGCUUUGAUGAAGAUGAGGAGGAGGAUGAUGAUAAUGUCCCAUGUAAACUGCGUGUUUCACAGGCGUUACGGGGUGUAAUACGUAGUGCUUCCAAAAUGGAUGGCUGCAUCUCAAACAGUCUGGAUGAGAUGGUAGCUGUUAACGAUUUUCUUCAUGAUUUUGAGUGCAG